CCUGCUAUAGCUUUCCUGAGAAUAUAUAAAAGCUCUUCAAGCUCAUUCAUAUAUUUUCUCAUUGAGAAGUAAAUUAACACCUUAUUAAUUAAUAUGGGAGCUUCUGAUCAAUGUGGUGUGGUUCGAGAAAGUCAUCAUGACGAGGAGGUGGAGGAACAGAACAAGGCAGUGGUAGAAGGGAUGAUGAAACGACAUGUCGUUUCCCGGAGAAGAACAACAAGCAGUAGUAGAAGUAGUGUAGUACAUAUCCAGAAUAAUAAUAGGAUUUUGAAUAAGAGAAAAGGGUCUUCAUCAGCAGGAGGUGGUGGGAUCAUUAGAAAGGUCAAAACCCUUAAGAGGAUUGUGCCAAAUGGCAGAGAAUCAGAAGGGUUGGAUGGGCUUUUCAGAGAGACCGCUGACUAUAUUUUGACUCUGCAAAUGAGAGUUAGAGUCAUGCAGAUUAUGGUUAAUGUAUUAUCAUCAUCAUCAUCCUCAGAACCAGCUGGUAGUUCUUGUGAUGAUAAUAAUAAUGAUGAUCGUGAGGAGUGACUUGCUGUAUAGUACUACUGCUAUCCCUUUUCUCUCUGUAAAGCUGAUCUUGCAUAUUAUUAUUUUUAUUUAUUUAUUUCUUUUACUUAUUAAAUAUUUUGGUUUUAUAUGGCGGUUUGGGUAAUGAACGAUCGUGAUUGAUGAUAGUCAUAUAUAUAGU